GGCUGUCAAUGUUAGGAAGAAGUUUACAUUCAUUAAAAACACACAAAUUACAAUACACACAUUGUAAUUUGUAAUAUUGAAUUAAAUAUGACUGAUGAAUAUGCUGCUGUUAAACGUGGAAAGCUAAUUCUUAAAGGUGAUAAACCGAAAGCAAAGAAACGGAAACAUAAAAAAAAGGAAAAAUCAGAAGGUGAUGGAAUUGAUGAAGAUGCUGUAAAACACGCUGGUUGGUGGAAAGUAGAAAAAAUUGAUGACAUUUCCGGAUCAAUCGCUAUCGAGUUUGGAAAUAACUCCUACGUAUCAGCAUUAGAUAAUGGCCUUUUUACGAUAGGAGCCCCUCAUGGCGACGGCGAAGGGCCAUCGCCAGAAGAAAUAUUCACUGCUUUUCCAGCUGGUGAAAAUAAGUUUGCUCUGAAAUCAGGAUAUGGAAAAUAUCUUGGUGUGUCAAAAGUGGGUGUUGUUAUUGGACGAUCAGAUGCUGUUGGACCAAUGGAACAAUGGGAGCCAGUUUGGCAAGAUGGUAAAACAGCCAUCUUAAGUUCACUAAAUAAGUUUAUGUCAGUUGAUGAAGAUGAUUCAGUAGUUGCUCAAAGUCCUACAGCAAAUGAAAAUGUAAUCUGUAACAUACGCAGCAAUAAAAGUCGGGAGAUCAGCAAGUCUGUGGUGGUUGAGGAAGAGGGGGAUCUCAACGAAGUAGAAGUCAAUUAUGUAAAAAAGUUCCAGAAAUUUCAAGAUAAAAAAUUACGACUCAAUGACGGCGGUGUUGUAGAACUGAAACGUGCUAAAACUGAGGGAAAUCUACAUGAAACACUUUUGGAUCGUAGAAGUAAAAUGAAAGCGGAUAGAUAUUGUAAAUAAUUUAAAAUAAAAUUAACUUUAAAUCGC